AUGUUGAGCAAUCUCUGGGGCGGAUCUGCCCCGCUGCGGGAGGAGCAGUUGCUGCCCCAGACACGCACAGACGCCGAAACCAGAGAGCACAAGGACGGCGACGCGAAACCAUUGGACCCGGGCAAGCAGAGGGACAAGAUCAAGUGCCUCGACGGGCUGCGGGGCAUCGCCUGCUUCCUCGUCUUCAACUACCACUUCCUAUGGCCAUGGACACCCUUGAUAAUGCUUGGGUAUGGCGCAAGGCCGCCGUUCUCUCCAGAGCCGUUCACAGAGUGGGCGUCGCUGCCCAUCAUAUGCCUUCUCCACCGUGGACGCCCAAUGGUUGCCAUAUUCUUCGCAAUAUCUGGAUAUGUGCUCUGUCGGCAUAUGUUGAGGUCAAUGUACCAGCGUCGGCUUGACGACACCCGCAAGAGACUUGGCUCCGCGGUGUUCCGGCGAAUAUUUCGCCUGUACAUCCCGCCGUCCAUCAGCAUGUUCAUCGUGGCCUUGCUGGUCCAGAUGGGCGCUUUCAAGUCUGAGGAUGCCAUCUACAAGGGGAGCGAUUCCAUCUGGAUCAACGGAACGGUGACGCACGGAUUCUUCAAUGAGACGUGCAUGACAAACGACACUAUCGCCGUGAUGGGGACCGAGGGAGUGGCAGGCGCUUUGGGCUUGCAGAGCCCGUUGUAUCUCAACAGUUCGAUUCAUUGGAAUGACACGUUGUGUCUUAAUACUACGUCGAAAUUGUACGGUGCGGCUGCCAUCUACGACCCUGCGAACCAGAUCAAGGUGAAGAAGCCCAAGAGGAUGAUCAACAGCACUCUGGGGUUCAACGACACCGCGCAGUUCAAUGAGACCGAAGGCUACAACGAGACCCAAGUGGGCACCGGCAGCGACAAGGGGGGACUGCGUGGGCUUUACAGUUAUCUGGGAUACCACGCGGAUGGUUCCCAGUUUGAGGUGCCUUACCUCAAUUCGAGCUUUGAUUUCGGCCUGAACACCACCAACGCCACGCAGAACUUCACCUGGAUGCAGCUCGGCGGCAUGUGGGAAGAGCAUCCAAUCAUUCACCCACACAUUUUCAAGGCGCUUGCCAACUUCACAGUUGUGUACACAGAGUGGGCGAACCCGUUCAACUUCAACCACUAUCACCCGCGAUACGACCCGCACACUUACACUAUACCAAUGGAGCUCCGCGGCUCGAUGGUGCUCUAUACAUUCCUGCUGGGCACCGCAGCCCUGAAAGCAAAGUGGAGGCUAAGCAUAGCAGCGGGCCUGUCCCUCUAUGCCCUGACCCUGGGGCGCUGGGAUAUCGGCACGUUCGUAGGGGGCAUGGUGCUCUCCGAGGUCGACGUACUCCGCUCCUCGGACCCCAGUGAGAUAGGACCAGAGGACCGCGCCCUCCUGCUCGCACUGGGCGGCGGCAACGGCAUGAGGGCCAGGCGGAUGUCGCCGCUCAAGGCCAAGGUCCUCCGCUGGCUCCUCAUCUUCGUCGCGCUCUGGCUCCUCUCGUACCCUGACGCCGGCGCCGAAUACACACCCGGCUUCAGGCUGCUGGCCUGGCUGGCGCCCCGCUACUACCUCCCGAUAUCGAAGUGGAUGUACUAUCAGGCCAUCGGCGCGCUGCUGCUCAUCCCCUGCGUGCUCCGCAGCCCUACCCUGCGCAACCUGCUCGAAGGCUCGGUGGCACAAUACCUGGGAAAGGUCAGCUUCUCGUUCUACCUGGUCCACGGGCCGGUGCUCCACAGCCUCGGGUUCUGGAUCAUGCCGCGGUUGUUCGAGCUGUUUGGUAGGCCGGUGGGGUUUGUGAUGGGAUGGUUCAUGCUCUUGAGCGCCACCCUGAAGCUGGUCUCAUACUGGCAGGUGGUCGAUAAUUGGAGUGUGACCGUUGGGAGGAGGGUUGAAGCUGUGUUGGUCCAGUCGUGA